UGGAAAAAAUAGAAACCUAAAAGAAGUCACUCCACUUGAUUAGAAACCAGAAACCAAGGCGUUGUAUCCUAACAAGAGACGUUACAUUUGUACAUUUUGCUCCGGAAGAGUUAACACAAGUUUGCUCCAGGAGCUUUUUGUUGCACUUGUUCUCAUCAGUGUCUGUCAGCUGAUGAAAAUGACUUUAAGACAACAGUGAAGAGUUUCUCUCCGCCAAACCUCGAUCUGUUUAUGAGGAAGAUAUUUCUUUUUAGUUUGAUUUAGCAUCUCUGAAGUUAUUGAUGCAUUCAAAGAUCUGGGCUGCCGGAGCCGCAUUGAAGAUUGGGAUCACAGACGAAGGAUGGGGGAUUGUGUUGAUUGUGUUGAGACUGUUGCAAAUGUAAGAGCCGUGCUGACAGACAGCCAGUUUCCCCUGGAGGCUGCUCCAGCGCUGCCUCGACUUCCUGUGUGAUCUCCCUCCUGCAUGAUCCACAAGUCGGUUUGGACACGUCGCUGUUAGGACUGCCUGCUCGACGCUGCAUCGUCCCAGUCAGUCAUGUCCAGGUCCAACCGGCGGUACAAGUCUCUGCAGCAGAGCAACGGCAGCGGCUCUCUCCCCGGCUGUGACCGGGUGCGGAUGCCCCGGGCCCGGGUACUGCUGCUCUGCCUCCUCGGGGUUCUGGUGCUGGCGGUGGUGCUGGGGGUCUACCUGUCAAACGACACCACAGAUGUUAACCGCAUGCCAGCUGCUGAUCUGACCAAAGACAGGUUGUCCCACAAACCCAGCAAGUGCUCUCCAGCUCAAAUCCGCCGUCUGGCCUCUCAGGUGGAUGGUACCCGCCUGUGGGAGACCCACCUGAGGCCCAUCCUAAUAGAGAGACUCCCAGGGACACAAGGCAGCCUGGCUGUACAGCAGCACAUCACCUCCACUCUGUCCUCGCUGUCUGCCGGCUGGGCCGUAGACUUAGACUCCUUCCAGUCUUCGACCCCUCGUGGCCAGGUCACUUUCACCAACAUCAUCGCCACUCUGGACCCUUCGGCCCCUCGCAGGCUGCUCCUGGCCUGCCACUACGACUCGAAGGCUCUUCCCCCAGAUCCCCGGGCCCCAGAGAAAGUGUUUCUGGGGGCCAGUGACUCAGCAGUGCCAUGUGCUAUGAUCCUGGAGCUCGUCACCUCUCUGGAUGCCCAGCUCAGAUCAUUCAAACAGCAGAAACUUCCAGUGUCUCUUCAGCUGGUGUUUUUUGACGGGGAGGAGUCAUUUGAAGAGUGGACGGCGACAGACUCGCUGUACGGCUCCCGUCACCUGGCAGAACGCAUGGCCAACACGCCUCACUCUGCAGGCUCCACACACACCACCAUGCUUCAGGCUGUGGACCUCUUUGUACUGCUGGACCUUCUUGGCGGUCCUGAUCCACUGAUCGCCAAUCACUUCGAUAACACAGCCCGCUGGUUUGAUCGUCUGAUCGCUGCAGAAAAGAGGCUCCAUCGUCAGGGUCUCUUGACAUCUCACCCUUCAGAACAGACGUAUUUUAGGAAGGACGUGUACCUCGGCCCCGUGCAGGACGACCACAUCCCCUUCCUUCACAAAGGUGUCCCUGUGCUACACGUCAUCGCCACUCCCUUCCCACAGUUCUGGCACACACUGGAGGACACUGAGGAGAACAUGCACCGACCCACUGUGGUGAACCUGACCAAGAUCAUGGCCGUGUUCCUGGCAGAGUAUCUGGGCUUCUGAACACAAAACACGGACACGUAUUUGUGGUGAAGGUACUCACUUUUUACAUGCUACUGGAAGUUUGUCACACUGGUGACAAGAAAUCACUAAAUGACCAGCAUGAAUUGGACGUAAACGCACAAAAGAAGAACUUUUUGAAAAAAAAAAAAACAAAACCUAAACUGACGGGACACCAGCUAAAACUCUACCAAAGACUUGGUCCUGCUGGACAAACCAGAGUCCUUGGUUUCACGUCAGGGUUGAGUUGGAGGCAUUUGUCCAAAUGUCUGGGUGUGUGAUGUGAAUAAAAAAAGGGGUCUUGAUUAUUUAACAUUAAUAUUAAAAUGUUAAUAGUUCUAAAUAUUGGUACCAGAUGAAGAAUUGGGGAGCUUUGUGAAUUCAGAAGCACUCUAAAUUUAUUUUUUUUUACUUAAUUCCUGUGAAACAAAUCAAAUCAUUCAUCAAUCAUCAAAUCGUAGUUUUAACAUUUAUCUCCCCACGUUAUUAUGAUGUCUUAAAGACAGCCUUUGUGGUGAGUCGAGGUCUCUGAGCUGCUGUGAACGCUGGGUCAUAUCUGUGAAUAAUUCUCGCCCUUUACUUGGAUCGUCUCGGCCUUACAACCUGCUGUGAUUGAAUGCUAGCUAUAUCAUAUGGCUGUACUGCACAUUUUGUGACGGUCUAACGAUUAGAUUGGAGUGGAAACCCAGCAAAUGUUACUAACAUCUUACAAAAGGUGUAGCGACAAAUCUGCAAUAAAGUUAAAGUGUUUUUUA